AUGUGGCGAAACGGAAUUGGGGCUAAAACUGCAGCAAAAGAAGCAAAAGUGAACUCCCGCACAGUGUUGAAGCACUUCGGCGAAAUUCGCAUGCAGUUGCUGAUGGAGAUUAACAAUGAUUCACCGAUUGGAGGACCUGGUCUGACAGUCGAGAUAGACGAGACCAAAAUCUCGACACAGCAGCAGCGCCGCCAGAAGGAGCAGGAGCGCUGCCAGGAGGAGGAGCGCCGCCAUAAGGAACUCGCCGCAGAGAAGCGACAGACGAGGAAAUCAGAAUGGAGCCACAAAGACGAAGACGAGACCGAGGAAUUGGCCAAAGCCGUGUCCAAGGACGAGGACGUGUCCAACGACCAGGACGUGACGAACGACGAGGACGAGGCCGAGGCCGAGGACUACAAGCCUGAAAAAAGCCAGCGUGGCGUGGAAGUCCCGAGGAGACAGACUUUCGACAAAUCCACGCAACCAUCGCCGACACACGAAAAACCGGAUCUAUGGUCCAAAGAUCGACUACUCGAGCUGAAGAUCACCGUACUGGAGGACCGACUAAAGGACACCGAAGAGCACUAUCAGAGCAAGCGGUUGCAAUGCGAUACGCUGUCCCAGGUGCACAGGACAUUGCGCGAUAGUUACACCACGCUGCAGGAGGAGAGCGAAAUGAUGCAAUUUGAUAUACGCCACCUGACGAGGAGUGCCGACGUGCUAAGAUCCGAGCUGCAGUCGGCCCGGUGUGAUCGGGAUUCCGCCAUCGAACUGCAGAAGCUCCUACAAACCGGGCUGGACGUAUCCCACAAAGACCGCAAAAAGCUGCAGGAUGGCAGCAAGAAGGACUUAAAAACUAUACAAGACCUGCAGCGACAGUGCCGCGAGAUGGAGCGAAUUAUGAUGCGCAAAAAUCCGGACUCCAUAUUGGCGCUGAUAGGAAGGAUGCGGUGUGUUGCCAGUAAAUCACCGACGGGGACACCGACGGGAACCGAUAGCACCUCGUCCACCUGCCGCGUGCUGGAACAACGCAUCGCCCAGCUGGAAGCGGAUGCCCGGAAACAGCACGCAAAAGCGCAAGGUAUACUGCCCGACAUGCAGGCCCGCUUUAACUCGGUGCAGGCGAACAUCAUUGAUAAAGAAGCCGCCAAAGUCAUUGAGUCGAUCACCAUAAGUGCCGCGAAUUAUGAGAUCACAUGGAAGAUACUAACAGAUCGGUACUCCAACGAGUAUCUGUUGAAAAAGCGUUAUUUGCAAGCUCCUUUUGGAAUGGAUGUCUCUUCCACCCCGGUGAAGAAAACGGUGCAUGCGAAAAUAUCCUCCCGAUCGAGCCCGUACGAACUGAGUGCUGAUUUGUUGAUCGUGGACAACUGGAUCGGUAAUUUGCUAGCACAUGAUGUGCAUAUGGAUAAAUGGGCACUGAUGUAA